AUGGAUCCCAACAACAACAAUCGUCAGAAUAACAACAUGAAUUACGGCUACAAUGACCGCAACUACAAUGCGGCCAACAGCCGCGCCUAUCCCACUACCCCCUCCGCCUUUCCCCAACCCAUCUAUCAGACUCAGGGGGCUCAGGAAUAUGUCGACCCCGCCAAUCCGGCCUAUUCUCAGGGUUAUUUUAUGACCAACCCUUACCCUCCUCAGACACAACAACAGUACGCUCAGCAACAGCAGUAUGCGCAGCAGCAACAGCAGCAACAGCAACAGCAAGGCCUGCAGUCACCCCAGCCCGCCUAUCAAAAUCGGAUGGGUUACCCCCCCAGCGAUGGGACCAAUGGUCUCAUCCAGCAAUUUUCGAACCAGGAUCUGAACGCCAAUCGUGGCAAUUUCUUCGGUCGGGCGAACUCCCCCGCUGCUGCCCAGCGCCCUCGUACUGCGGGCGGUUCGCCUGCUGGUCCCGCGCAGGCAGCACACCUGGCUCCCCCGGUGCCUCGCAGCCCUCGGCCCCCGUCGGAGAAUGAGGAGCUCCAGCGUUUCUCGGAUAGAUACUCGGAGAAUGUGCACAAGCGGGGCAAGGCCGCAAAGGAACUGGUGACCGUCUUCUUCCACGAGAACAUCGAGCGUGCCCGUGAUCGCAACAUGCGCUCCGUGGACCUUGACAAGACACUCCGCGACCCGGCUGUCGUGAGUGACAAGAAACGCCAGGAUGCCGAGACAAUCUCGAAGCGGGAAUCGGAUUUCCUUCGGUUCCUCCGAACUAAGGAGACCCCUCAGAACUUCCAAACCAUCAAGAUUAUCGGAAAGGGUGCUUUUGGUGAGGUGAAGCUGGUGCAACGCAAGACCGAUGGCAAGAUUUAUGCCCUGAAGUCGUUAAUCAAGACGGAAAUGUUCAAGAAGGACCAGUUGGCGCACGUUCGUGCUGAGCGUGAUAUCUUGGCGGACUCGAAGGAUAACCCUUGGUUGGUGAAGCUGCACGCUUCCUUCCAAGAUUCAGCUUACCUCUACUUGCUCAUGGAGUUCUUGCCCGGUGGUGAUCUGAUGACCAUGCUGAUCAAAUAUGAAAUCUUCUCGGAGGAUAUCACCCGAUUUUACAUGGCCGAGGUCGUGAUGGCCAUUGAAGCUGUCCACAAGCUCGGCUUCCUUCACCGUGAUAUCAAACCUGACAACAUCCUUCUCGACCGCGGCGGUCACGUCAAGCUUACAGAUUUCGGUCUUUCAACCGGUGGAAAGAAGACCCACGACAAUGCCUAUUAUCAAAACCUGUUGAAGAACUCAACAUCAAAGGAUCGCAACCGCAACUCCGGCUACUUCAACGAUGCUAUCAACUUGACAGUCUCCAACCGUGGCCAAAUCAACACUUGGAGAAAGUCUCGUCGCGCGAUGGCCUACUCUACUGUCGGAACUCCCGAUUAUAUUGCCCCCGAAAUCUUUAACGGACAGGGAUAUACUUAUCUUUGUGAUUGGUGGUCUGUCGGUGCUAUUAUGUUCGAGUGUCUUGUUGGCUGGCCACCAUUCUGCGCUGAGGAUACCACCGAUACUUACCGCAAGAUUGUGAACUGGCGUGAAUGUCUUUACUUCCCUGAUGAGCUGGUUCUCUCCCGUGAAUCCGAGUCUUUAAUUAGAAGCUUCUUGUGUGACCCCGAGCACCGUAUUGGAAGCGACGGCGGCCAGCACGGCGGCGCAACUCAGAUCAAGAACCACCCCUUCUUCCGCGGCGUUGUAUGGGAACAACUGCGGGCCAUCCGUGCCCCAUUCGAACCCCGACUCAGCUCCAACAUCGACGUUUCGUACUUCCCAAUCGACGAAAUCCCCCAGGAAGACACCAGUGCUAUUCACCGCGCCCAGGCUCGUGCCAUGCCCGAGUCACAGGAGGCAGAGAUGAGUUUGCCGUUUAUCGGAUAUACCUACAAGGCUUUCAACGCCUUCCAAGCCUCCUAA